AGUUUCCUCGACCUCCCUAGCGAGCUUCGCAAUACGAUAUACGAACUCCUUUUAUUGCGAUCGACAUCUAUCAAUCCUUGGCACCGAGUCCGAUACGAGCUCGUGACUGGGCUUUUUCGCGCUAGUAAAAAAGUUCACCAUGAAGUUACGUCGCUGUUCUACGGCCAAAACCGUUUCGAUUUUACUCAUAUCGACCCCCAGACCCUGGCCUUAUUCCUUGAGCAAAUCGGAAGUCAAAACUCAGGCUAUAUUCGCCAUAUAUUGAUCGAGUUUCCAGAUUUCCUCUAUCUAGACCCUGGUGAUGUCACCCUCAACGAGGGCAGCGUCAGCUUGCUCGCGGGCGUUCAGAGAAGCUACGGUAAUCUAAGCUCACUCACAACGUCUUUGCAUAGUACAAAUGCUCUAGAACAGCGGCUCGACCAACUAGACCACUUUGGCGUUGCUGCUGAGGCGCUGGAACUCGUCAAUGCUCGCUUCAGAGCCAUUUCGUCAACACAAGAGAUCAUUCUCGAGGUAUACGAGAAUAGACCGGGGUAUCAAGUAAGAAAGAAAAUGGAGGAUCUCGGAUGGAAAUUCAGCACAUCAGUUUAUGUGGAAGAGGAGGACUAG